AUGGCAAAGCGCAAGCGACCACGCGAUAAGGCCGGAAGAUUCAUCUCAGACUCCAACACCACACCAGAGCCACCCAUCGAGCCACCACUACACGCCACCACACGCACCUUCAACAUCUACGAGCUCCUCGUAAUGAUCCUCCUCCGCCUCCCCACCAAGGACCUCCUCCUCUCCCAACGAGUCUGCCGUGCCUGGCGCAACGCCUGCGAGACUUCCGUCCAAAUCCGCCGCGCCCUCUUCCUCGAGCCGGCCUCAUGCGGGAAUAUCUCCUACAUCGACUGGCGGCUCGACGACCGCGGUUACUACAACACCAACGUCUGCAACCUUGGCCUCGGCGAGCACCUCCGCGGUCCUGACAAGACCUCGCCACCACAGCGCUAUCCAGCUCACUGGGGCAAGACCCGCACGGACGCAGGCGAUUACCGCAUCUUCGUCAAUCCUCUCCUGACUUCCCUCUUUCCGGUUCUAUCGGAGACGGGGAUCUAUUUCGAGGAGACUCUGGAGGACCUCCCGGCGACCGUCAACAGGUCUGAAGCAAGCUGGAAGGGCAUGACGUUCACGCAGCCGCCGAUUAAUUGCAUGUCUCUAGAAUGGGAUAGUGAGGACGCGGAGGGUGAUUGGUCGGUUCAGGCUUUCGUCAAAGCGGUGGGAAGUAAGGGAAUUUGCAUGGCUGGGCUUUUCGAUCGGCUGAUGGGGAUUGGGAGGCCGGCUUGGAUUCAGGGGAGGGAUAUGUGGGAGGCGUGGCGGGGUGUGGAGGAUCUUGAGAAGAUCUGUGUUGCGAUCAAAGGGGAGGAGGUGUGA